CGGAUUAACUCCCUGGAAACCGGCUGCAAUCUCAGCAGCUGCAAAUGUGCACCCACCCGGGAUAUAGGGCGGGGGGGGCGGAGAGCGAGGAUCCACUGCCCAGAUGCAGCGAUUAAGGGAAGGAAAAAACAACAACAACCGGCAACAAAAAAAACAAAUAUAUCAUCCGCUGCUUUUGGGAAGGGCUGGGCUGCCUGGGAUCCGGCAGCCCCUCCUCUUCCUCCUCCCUCCUCCUCUUCCUCUCCAUCGCAGCCUCGCUCUCCUCUCCCAACCAGCCGCUUUCCGCGGAGGGGGCGAGACGAGCGCAGAGCCCGCAGCCGCCCCAUCCCCCGGCGACAAGCGAUGGGCGACAUCCCCAACCUCGUGAAAAUCAGCGUCUCCCUCAAAAUCCAGCCCAACGACGGGGCGGUCUAUUUCAAGGUGGAUGGGCAGCGCUUCGGCCAGAACCGCACCAUCAAGCUGCUGACCGGAGCCAAGUACAAGAUCGAGGUGGCCAUUCGGCCCGGCACCGUCCAGGCCACGACAAUGGGCAUCGGGGGUGUCAGUGUCCCACUGGAAGAGAAAUCGAGAGAUGCACAGGUGGCUUCUUACACAGGGAUCUAUGACACAGAAGGUGUGGCCCACACCAAGAGCGGGGAGAGACAGCCCAUCCAGGUCAACAUGCAGUUUAAGGACAUUGGUGUUUUUGAAACAGUCUGGCAAGUGAAAUUCUACAACUACCACAAACGAGAUCAUUGCCAAUGGGGAAACAGUUUUGGCAGUAUUGAGUACGAAUGCAAACCAAAUGAAACGCGCAGCCUGAUGUGGAUCAAUAAAGAGACCUUCCACUGAAGAGAUGUGAAACCACUACUGCUGGACAAUCUCCCUAAAGAGAAAUCUACCUUUCUAAACCAGCAAGAAGCCUUAACAAAGGCAUGCUGUAACCUUGUUUUGUUCCAUAAGGUUCCAACAACUACAUUGUACAUACAGGUGGUGCCACUGAAAUCUUUGCCUAUUACAGUAUUUUAAGUUUACCAUGGCAUCUGCAAUGUUCUUUAUCUGUCACCCUGCAAAUACUGUAAAGUUCAUGAUAAAAGAGUAUUUCAUAGCUGGGUAGAAAGUUGUAUCAUCAUAAUAGUGUCAUAAGUAUUUGGCUUAUGCCAGCUAAACAGUUCCACUAGACAUAUCAACUUUUGUGAAGUGUUUUGCUUUAUUGCUUAGAAUUUGGAUACAACAUCACAUUGGUGAUUUCUGUAUUUGUAUCUUCUCCUAAAUCGGUGUGCUCCUUCAAGCAUUUUGUCAAACAUGUUAUCCCAGUGGACAGCAAAAAGUGCAAAUUAUGGAUAUUUGUAGGUUUAGCGAAAUGGCAGCUACUGCACUGUUGAUAUUGUGCUUUCAUACCAAGGGAUGUGGAAACUCAUUUUCCCUUUUGUUAAGUGCUGUAAGGUAUUCUGCAAAGUUUGCUAAUUUAUCCAGUCUCUCAAAGGAUUCUUUGUUAAGUUUUCCAGUCUCUGAAAUAGCUCUAGGAAACAGUAUAAAACAUGCUAACCUGAAUAAAGGUAACACAAUAAAUCAGUUGUGGCAUCUAAGACAUCUAACAACAUGGCUAUUAUCCGAAGUUCAUAGAGUAUUCUUGAAAGAUAUAGCAGCCAUACUUAGUUGAGUUCUUAGAGUUCUGACAGUAAUCUCCGUUUUUGUUUUAAUGACACAUUGCUCUAAUCAGUGAAAUCCUACACAUCAACUUUUUCAAGCCUGACUACUUUAUUUUACCAAAAUCAACAGGAUUUCUGACCAACAAACAGCAGUGUGAAGAGUACAGCUCCCAGUGCAGGCUUAUAACAUGCAUUGCACUCUUUCAAAUAAAGAUAAACAUGUAAGCAUUUGCAUGGUUAUGACUAAAGGUGCUAUUAAUACAUAAACACUAGAUCAGUGUUUAACACAUACAGAGAAUGAAAAAUAAACAUAUCUUUUCUUCCAGUAAAUAAAGCAGGGAAAUAGAUACACUGUCCUAUCCCCAACUUGGGUUGAAGCUGUCGGUUCUUGCAUAUCUGUUAUUCCUUUUGUGAAUAAUUUGUAAAUUGUGUAUGUAAAUGGUAACUAUGACUUUUGAUCUUUGUAAUAAAGGACUUAAACAAUU